AUGAUGUUGUUUGGCAGGGAAAUCACUGAGCCCAUCGACUUAGUGGUUGGGCUCCCCCCAAAUGACACUAAUUCUAGCUUGAAACCUGACUAUGUCGUAAAUCUCCGAGAGCAACUGGAGCGCUCGCACCAACUUGCACGAGAGGCUCUGGGAAAGGCCUCUGAAAGAGCAAAGAGACAGUAUGACAAGAACAUUUGCCAAACUCAGUACCUGGUCGGUUCUGCGGUGUGGUACCUGGUCAAAGGCACCAAACGAGUAAGACACAAGGUCCGCAAGUUCCUGCCGUCCUACGAGGGCCCUUACUUUAUCGUGGGUCAGCUGGACGACUUGGUGUACCAGAUCCAGAAAGGUCCAAGGGCAAAGAUUAAAGUUGUGCACCACGACAAGCUCAAACCUUUCCAUUCCAGAGCCCUGCUCGACAACAGCUGGGUUUUCCAGAGAAACGACACACCAACACCACUGGAGGUGUCUCCCCCUGUGUCUGAUGUGGACUCUGACACGGACUUCGGCCCUCUUCAGCUGUGGGACACUACUUCCGAGGAUACCCCUUCAGACACCAGAGACACUACCUCUGACUUCGAGAAUACCCCGGCCGCCGCCAGAGAGGUUGCUGGUCCUUCAUCACCUGGCCCUCAACCACCUGCCAGCCCCACACAGCCUCAGUGGGAUGAGGUUGGCACUCGGCAUACAUCGCAGAGCGUGAGACGGCGUCACCGUUCGAUCUCUGCCCCUCUGUCCAGGUCGCAGAGGACACGGAGAGCACCUGAUAAGUUUGGUGACUGGCUUAGUCACUAG